GGCAUCAACCUAAUAUAUGAGGAGCAUAAAAAGGCAUGGAAAAAAUAUGGAUGCACUAUUAUGUCCGAUGGUUGGACGGAUGGAAAGAAUAGAAGUUUGAUCAAUUUUUUAGUAAAUAGUCCCGCCGACACUUUCUUUUUGAAAUCUAUUGAUGCAUCAGAUUCUAUUAAAAAUGGGGAAUUGAUCUUUAAAUAUCUUAAUGAUGUUGUUGAUGAGGUGGGAGAGGAAAAUGUAAUUCAAAUUGUCACGGAUAAUGCUUCGAAUUGCAUUAAGGCGGGGGAAAAAAUUAUGGAGACUAGACAUAGAAUUUGGUGGACACCUUGUGCGGCGCAUUGCAUUGAUCUAAUGUUGGAGGAUAUUGCAAAGUUGAAGAUUUUUUCUGACACAAUUGAGCAUGCUAAGAUGGUUGUGAAGUUCCUUUAUGGUCAUGGGACUAUACUUUCUUUGAUGAGAAAGUAUACAAACGGUAAAGAAAUUCUCCGUCCCGCUGUUACUCGCUUUGCUACUUCAUUUCUCACUCUUCAGAGUAUGUAUAAGGUUAAAAGGCCACUUGAACAAAUGUUUGCUUCCGAAGAUUGGGUUAGUUCACCACUAUCUCAAACAACUCAGGGGAAGGUCGUGAAGAGAAUUGUUAUUAAUGAUCCCAACUUUUGGCCACAUGUUGCAUUUUGUGUUAAGAGUGUUGUUCCUCUUGUAAGUGUGUUAAGGGAAGUUGAUUCGGAGGAGAGAUCGGCCAUGGGAUAUAUUUAUGAACUUAUGGAUAAGGCAAAAGAGACAAUAAAAUUUAAUUGUGGGGGAGUUGACAGAAAAUACAAACCCAUUUGGAAAAAAAUUGAUUCACGAUGGACUCCACAACUUCAUCAUCCUCUACACGCGGCCGGGUACUAUUUGAAUCCACAAUUGCGUUAUGAAGAAAGAUUUUCUUAUUGUGAUGAAGUUAGAGAUGGAUUGUAUACUUGCAUGGAUAGGAUGUUGUCUUCUGAUGAUCGUCUUAAAGCAGACAUCCAAUUGGACUUAUAUGAUAAAGCUGAAGGAGAAUUUGGAACUCCAAUAGCAAAACGAACAAGAAUGUUGCGAACUCCGGUCUCGUGGUGGGAACGUUUUGGAAGUAAGACACCCGAGCUUACUACAUUUGCAAUUCGAGUGCUUGGUCUCACUUGUAGUGCUUCGGGAUGUGAAAGAAAUUGGAGCACUUUUGAAUCGAUUCAUACAAAAAAGAGAAAUAGGCUUGAACAUGCAAAGUUGAAUGCGUUGGUGUUUGUGAAAUAUAACUUCAAGCUUAGGGAGAGAAGUAUUAGGAGGAGAGACAAGAUUGAUCCCAUUGUAGUUGAUGAAAUUAAUUCAGAUGACGAAUGGAUAACUGAGAAAGAAGGUCCAGUUCUCCCCGUAACUACUAAAUGGCUUGAAGAUGAUGAAUUAUUUGAAAGUGAUCCUAUUGUGAGUGUGCCAUCUGCUACCUUUGAAAGUCUUUUCGACUCAGAUAAGCGAGUCGAAGAUGUUGAGGAUAUAGUUGAAGUUCCUCCUACGAAUUCAAAAAAAAGAGUUGCUGAAAAUUCAAGUGGAAGCAAAGACAAACAAGCAAGGUUGAGUCUUGUUGAUGUGGAAGAUAAUCAUCUUGAUGCUGAAAAUUAUGGAGUAAUUCCAACUUUUGAUAGUGGAAAUUUUCCAACCAUAGACACUAUUGAUGAUGAUAGUGAUAUAGAGUUGGAUGAUACUGAUUAUUUUUAAGUUGUGUUGUUUUAAUUAUAAGACUUUUUAAAUUGUUGGUAUGAGAUAUUUUGACAUGUAAUGAAUUAUUAUGAUUAAUUUUAGAUUAUGUUAUUUUUAUUUUACUUAUAUAAGUAUAUUUUAUUUUUUAAAAUUUAAACAUUGACGUGCACGAAAAGCUUGCGCUAUACGCUACGCUAUUUACGCUACGCAAUGACAAGACAAAAACGCUAUGAACCAACGCUACGCGAUUUAAAACACUGGUAUAAUCCCAUAUCUAGGAAGAACUUUACAUAUACAAGAACCAUAGGAUAAUUUGUGUAUUGAGAUAUAUUAGACACAAGCGAGUGAGAUGUUAGGAUGAUGAGCAAGUUCAAGAGGUUGAUAUGGUGCAUCUACAUGAGUUAAGCAUCAUCAAGUCAGUGAUUUUGCAUCGACCAAUUAUGGAGAAAGCUAAUGCACAAGUUAUGUCAUGGUUGGAAAUUGUUUUGAAUAGUGUUUUCAAAAUUAUUUUGAAAAAUCUUAGUGAAAUCUAUUUGUUAAUAGAAAUCAUUAAUAAUGUUGAUACAAAGUUAGAAUGAAACAUUGAAUGAUUCAAUGAUUUUUAAUUUAGUGUAAUUCUUUACAAAUGAUAGGUUAUUUCUUAGAAAAUUAUUGACAUAAGUAAUGUCUGAAUGAAGUUUCAUCGAAAAUCGUAGAAUUACUUAUGCAUUUCUAAAUUUCAGCAUGCUAAAUGUUCAGAUUAUCUAAUAACAAAGAUAACAAUCGAUUAUUUUAGAAAUAACAAUUGAUUGAUGUGGUUUUAAGUCGAUUGUUAGAUAUAUUAGCCGAUUGUUAAGUAAGAUUUGACUAAUUCAGGUUGUUUCAGUCCCAAGUGUACUUCUAGGUAUUUAGCUAUCAUUAACCUCCACGUGAUUGGAUAAGCAUUCCAAGGGGGGAUUUCUUUGUUAAAAAGUAAAGGGAGUGCUAAACAAGGAGGAGAACAAAAAUUGAGGGUAGAGUUUAGAUUCAAAGUUGAACUUUUAAGUGGGUUGAUCAUAUACUUGGCGAUUGGAAGUCCAAUAAGUAGUUGACGUGAGAGGUGAAGUCCAAAUAGGUCAUGGAGGAUCGGACACUUGACGGUUGAAAGAUGAACAAAUAGUUGAUAAAGAUGAAGUCCAAGUGGGUCAUAGAGGAUCGAACACUUGGCAUGUGAUAUGAAGUCCAAGUGGAUUACGGUUGAUUGGACAUCUUGACCAUGAGAGAUGUCUAAAUAAGUCAAGAAGGGCCCGGUGUAUAGCAACGGAGAAGUCCUGGUAGGUCAAGGUUGAUUGAAUAUUACGUUAGAGUAGUGCUGUAAAUGGCUAUAGGCAGUGGCGGUGUUAUCAUUGACCGCCUAGGAGGUUGAAUUUAUUUACUAUUUUAAUACGUAAUUAAAUAAUAUAUUAAUUAAAGGAUAAAAAAUUAAACAAAGGAUCAAAAAUAAAACAUUACUAUAAAAUAUAUUAACUAAAAAUAAAAAAGUUAAUUUAAAUAAAUAAAAAAAAGGGCAGCUUGGUGCACGAAGCUCUCGUCAUGUGGGGUCCCGAGGAAAGAUCCAUUGUACGCAACCUUACCCUGCUUUUUGCAAGAGGUUGUUUCCAGGAUUCGAACCCAU